CCAAGCAAGUGAAUGAAUACUAUUUUUCAAAAUAUUUAAUGGUACGUUCGUUGGUCAUGUUGAUAAAAAGAGGCCUAACUAUGAGGAAAAUUGCUGCUUACAAUCUUGACCAAGGCCCACUAUUACAAUUGAUUACCGCCUCCGUACCUCCGGCAUUCAGUCGCCAUAUUUUUUUUCUGAAAAGUUGAGCGGAUACAAACACGUCACGCAGUCGUGUAAUCAUGAAUCUAAAGGUGAAAAAUCGCUUACCCUAUUGCGUCGGGAACCUUUUUUCUGCCAUUCAUCUCUCUACCGUCAGUAACUUCACACCUAAAUCACAAUCAAAGAUGGAGCAACAGGAAGGAGCUCCUGAGAACAAUUCUGAUGAUGUCCAGGAAGUUCAAGUACCAGUGGAAAUCGUGGCAGAGAAUGAGGACAUUGAGGAUUUGGAUGCCGAACUAGCCAAAUUAACACCCGAGGAAUAUGAGGCGAAGAAACAAAACGCAAUUGAAGAUAUCAAGCAAUUGGAAGAAGAUUUCCAAACUUGGGUCCAGCUGAGAAAAGAUACCAUUGAGCAACUCAAAAGCAUCGCGGAUUAUGUCGAAAAAGUGUUCCGGAGAGCCGGGAGGACCAAGAUUGCUAGUACUGGUGCUAGUGUCAUGGCGGGAGGUGUGACCAUCGUAGGCGGGGUCAUGACCAUUGCCUCUGCAGGAGCGGCUUUACCCGUUUUGGUGGCUGGGGCCAGUAUGGCUUUGGCAUCGGGAGUGGCAGGUGGAACAGCAGCCGUUUCCGAGAAAGUGAUCAAGUCAAAGGAGAUGAAAAAGGCGCAAAAGACCGUGGCAUUGGACAUGGAUCAGGCUAAAGAGCUAGAGCAAGCUUUGCGAGAUACCCGCAAGAAUAUUGUGGCCAAAGAAAUCAUACGAGAAGUUCUGCUCAGUUCCGGUUGGAGCUCCUUCAACGGUUACCAAGUGAUCAGCGUAAUGGGAGCCGGUUUGGGGUUCACGAGCGCCACGGGUCAUGCCAUCAUGUCCGUGAGUGGCGAAACAUUGGGCAUUCAGUUCUCCAAGCUGGCCCUGGCAAAUUCUGGUCGUUUACUCGCAGGAACCAUAACCAUUGUCGUGGGUGGAGCCCUAAUGGCCUACGAUAUCUACCAAUUAGCCGAAGGUAUCAAAGGGUUCGCCAAAAUGGGCCCAGAUGGGGCUGCGGACAUUCGUCAAAUCGCCUCCGAGCUCGAAAGACAACUUGAAAUUAUAACUCCGAAAUCCACUGAGCAAGCAACCGAAAAAUCCCCCAUCUCCAUUGACACAACGGAAUGAACGUAGAAAGACUGAAAUAAAGUACUCGAACGAAAACAAUGUGUAGCACCAUAGUUUGAGUUUAUCGGGUCAGAUUAUUAUGGCCUGGGCAAACUGACAAGGGAUUUGUCUGUCCUCCCUUUCCUUGUGACCUGUUCAGGCUGAUGAAUUGAUUGAAUUUUGUGAGGCUCCGU